UCGCGCAGGCGCGUCCCGUCGGCCAUCCGCGAGCUCCGCGAGCGAAUCUGCCCAUCUAUAUCCUCUUAUUUAUACUGUGCUCUUGGCAGACGCGAUCAUCGGGGUGCGAGUCAAAUCGCGAGGCCAAUGUCGUGUAAGGCCGUCGGUUUCGCUGACCAACGAUCUCGCCGGCGUUUCAUGAGCCUCGACGGGGCACGUGCGAACGCGCGACAUUAUUGCCGGCGAUCAGCGAUCUACGAUCGCAUGCAUCCGCAUCAACGACGUUACGACGAACGCGUCUCACCUCUACAAUCUAUGCCUGACCGCGGGAAGGACGCCGCCGUUGCCCGAUCGCAGAUGCGCACGUCGACGACGAUCUCGUCCGUACCGUAACCAUGGUUGAGAUACCAAAGGAUUGCGUCUUGCAGUGGGCUGGCCACGCGGGAUAUAUUACAGAAAGAUUCAGUGGUCUUUUGGCACGUCAGGCUCUAGUCGAUGUCACUUUGAUCUGCGACGAACAAAAACUACGUGUUCACAAGCUGGUUUUAGCUUCGAAUAGUAUUUACUUUGAGGAGAUACUACAACAAGAUUUGGGACAAGAGCCAAUUAUACUUUUAAAAGACUUGGACUUUAAAAUUUUGAAGGCCAUGGUCGAAUUCAUGUAUUGCGGCGAAACUACGAUAUCUCAUCAGCAUUUAUCAUCCUUACACACUGCGGCACAAAUUUUUAAGGUUAAAGAAUUGGAAUCUGUGAUCGAUACUAUUGUUGAUUCCAAGAAAAUUUUAGACGAUUUUGGAAGUUGCCUAAAGCAGCAGAAAGGAGAUUGUAGUUUAACGAUUGCGAACAAUUCGCUUACGGAGAGUGAUUACGUCUGUGUUAGAUAUGAUAAACUAAGCAUGGACGAGAAUACAACAGUCUGUGCAAAUAGCAAUAACGACAUAAGCUCAAGUAAGAAUCAAUUUUUAGAGAACGACAUGAUUGAAGGCGCCGAGCAUGAUUUAGAACACAUGUUAUAUGAGGAAACGAAUGCUAUCGAUGUCGGCAAAAAGGAUGUAGAUACAUCGUUCUCGGUAUCUGAUGUAAAUAUAACUGUACAAAGCGAUACUACUACCAGUGCCGUAUCUACGCAUGUCGGUAUAGUAAAUGAAGUACAAACCAGGUGCACAAACAUCAAUAGAGACGAUGCUUAUUGUAAAAGUCUCGAUUUAAAACCUAUCUUGUACGAGCAAUGCUGUGAUUUUUCCUGCGACGUAAACGAAAACGAUCAAACCACCUCUAAAUUGUCGCAAUCUUGCCUUCCACAAGUCGAAAACGACUUGGAGCACUGUUCCGAGAGUAGCACAGAGGUUCCUAGCACGAUAGGAAAAUGCGUCAAGGUUUAUACGCCCAAACGACGUAAAUCUAUUGACGAAGUUCGUAAUAAGCUUGUACAUACACAAUGCAGUUUAGUGCCAACUCCGCCGUACUCCACGGAUUCCAUAGAUUUACUAGACGAGCCGUCCGCUAAUGAUGUACCGGUUACUUUAUUAACCUCUUUAGAUAUGGAAAGCGCCGAAUAUAUCUUAAGCUUGAGCAUGGAAAGCAUACAAUCGAUAGUAGGUGGUACUAUAAGCGAUCAGCAUACGGUGAUCGGAUGUAGAGGAGUAAACACCGAACGAGACGUUGCUAAGGAGCAACUAAAUUCCCCAACGAAUAAUACGGAUUACGCGAAACCGGUUCUUAGACGUAGCACGCGACUGAGUCAACAGGAGAAUGAUGAGACUACGAGCAAUGGUGUCCUUUCGGGAAGCUCCUCAGGAACCGAGAAGCCAUUCAAAAAGGGUAAUUCCCCCAAUGGAACGGAAUCAUGUACUAAAACAAAACGCAAGGGGAAGGAGGAUCGUAAGGUGCCGGACCAUAGCGUAAUACCGAGCGUAGUGCAAUCUAGCAAAAAGAACUCCAAUGGCAAAAAGACUAAUUCGAAAUUGAUAGUAAGAAAGAAUAACAAGUCUGCGUGCACAGUUACCAGCGGUAAAGAAAAAGAGGAGCCGAAACCGAGGGCGAAUAGGUUUAAGGUCGAAAACACAGAGAGGUCAGUAACAACAGAUCAACCCACGGCUUAUCACUCUAUAAAAUCCAAUGUAUGCAAGUGCAUUAGUCGCGCUUUGUGGGGCGACAUGUCCGAUACCUUGGAUUAUUGGGAGAAUGAAGCAGAUCUGCUUGCAUAUCCGUCCAACACUGAAAUUCCCUUUGCCGUUGGCUUGCUACCUUUACGGACUGCUUUGGAAAAAAUGCAAGCAACGCCGGAUUAUCAACCACGCAAAACACGUUCUUCAGUCGCGCCGAUAAAACAAGAGGCAAGUAACAAUCUAAAGCGGAAAUACUGCACGCCAUCCGACGCAGUAGUACCAUCGAAAAAACAAAACGGCAAUAAUAAUAACGAGAGUCCGAACACCGUAUGUCAUAUAGAGAUACGAACAGCACCGUCGCAGUGCAUGAAAAAUCGUAAACGUUUCCUUCCGGAUUCAAUUACGAGUCUGCCGACAAAUGAACCGACGUCGCAAAUGGCAAGUAAUAAUAUAGGUUAAAAUUUCCAAUAAAACAUGUUGGUUCAAAUAUGCUGUAUCGUAGUAGUUUUAAAUAUGGCAUUAAACGUUGGACAUAAGGCAGCAAAA